AUGGACAAUUGUAAAAUAGAAAUAAGAAAUGUAACUGCUGUUGUAAGAGUUCCAUACUUCGUUGCCUCCACUGAUCCGGAGAAUUUUUACUAUAGUCUUCUUCUGCAAUACAUGCCCUACCGCUCGGAGCAAGAACUACUUGAAGGAUUUAAUUCUUCAAAAGAAGCCUUUCUUGCUCGAGAAGAGGCUUUAAAAAGAAACAGCGAGCAAAUGGAAGAAUAUCGAGAACGAGAUAGACAACUGGAGAAUGCCUUUAACCAAGCUCACGCAUUCGAAAUACUCGAUGCAGAACCGCUUGAAUUGCAGGAAGACGUUGACGAAGAAGUUUUGGAACAACAAAUAAUGGACGACAUUCAAUUUCAAAAUGCAGUCCAAGCAAUGAACUUGCGUCAAAAAGACAUAUUCAAGUACAUUACAUCAAGUAUUCAAGACCAAUUGGGUGGCAGCCAACACCGAGAAAGACUUUUCAUCACUGGCCAAGCUGGCACUGGAAAAACAUUUCUUUUCAAUCUACUGAAAAAUCAAGUCAACCGAUGUUACGCCAAGCCAGUAGUCAAAGUAUGUGCUUUAACAGGUGUAGCUGCACGAUUGGUUGGAGGAUCCACAUUACACAACUCGUUGAAAUUACCAGUUCAAAAAGAUGGUCGUAUUGUGGAAAUGCCUUUACUAACUGGAAUAUUUCUCCAAACUAUGCGUCGACUUUGGACAGACAUUGAAUUCUUCUUCAUUGAUGAAAUAUCCAUGGUACCGUACGAGAUGCUAUGCAUGAUUGACUCGCGUUUGAGGCAAUUAAAGAACACUGACAAUUUUUUUGGAGGCCUUAACAUUCUAGUAUUUGGUGAUCUAAUGCAGCUUCCACCUGUGAGAGGAAGACAAAUAUUCCAACAGCCCGAGCACAUGAUUCCUGCUACUGACUUAUGGAAACUUUUUUCUUUGGUAGAAUUGGUGGACAAUAUGAGACAGCAAGGAGACAUGUUGUUCGUUGACCUCUUAAAUGCUCUUAGAAUUGGUGAACUCUCGGCACAGCAUAUGGCUGUUUUACUUGAGAGAGAAAGUUCCGAUAUGGAUGGAGAGUUUUCCAUUGAAAGAGCCUUAAGAAUCUACCCAACUAACAAGCAGGUAGAUGAACAUAACAAUCGAGUUCUCCAGUAUUUCAGGAGCAAAAAUACUAGUAUCUACAAAAUUCGUGCCCAAGAUCAACUAAUCGAUGCAACAAAAAAACUCAACGAAAAUACAAGUAUCGAUAGCAUCAUUUCAAAAGACAUUAACAAGACCGGAGGUUUACCGCGAGAAUUAGAAAUUUUCGUAGGAGCUAAGGUUAUGUUAAGAGCCAAUAUUGACGUCACCAAAGGUCUUGUUAAUGGAGCUAUAGGAUUUGUAAAAGAGAUUGUUUGGCCAUAUUUUCGCAGAGCUCAAGUGUAUGCCGAGGACAUACCAUCUGUUCUCAUCAAUUUCGGUAAAGACGGCAUACACAAAAUCGAGCCGAAAUCCAUUCAAUUUCCAGCUUUAUACAGUUAUGGGAACUGCCGAAAGGCGAAUGUUGCCGUUGAUUUUGUCGUGGGCUUCAACUGUACAUAA